UAUAGUCUGAAAUAUAUAUAGCUCCCCUUAUUUUUAAUCUGUUAAUUUCUCUUGCUCUAAUUUAUAAGAGUUAGUUCAGUUGGUAUAUCAGCUAUAGGUUAUAGGUUAUUAAUUAUAUUUUUAAAAGACGUGUCAGUUUAUCAAUGUUGAGAAAACAGCUAGAGCUAGAAUUCAAAUAUCGUUUAAUUGAAAAAUAUCGAUUGAUUGAAAAAACUAUCGAUUUUUUUCGAUUAAUCGAGAAUCAUCGUCCAUUCCUUCCUCUUGUGGAGUCGUGAUACGAGUGAUACCACGUGGGUUUGCUGAAGCUGGAGUCAGCUCAGUCAGCUUGUAUCACAAUAAUAAAAAGGAUUCAUGCGGCCGCGAAGAUGAGCGACGCGGAAGUAGAUCACAAUUUAUAUGACAGCGAUCAGGAAAUCGCCAAACAUCAUUCGAAGCUUAUCGAGGCCGUGACGCGGCUCGAUAAGGGGCAAAGAGUGAAAAAGGCGGAACGAAGCGAGCCUAGUCUAGAGGUAUCGGAGUACCAUCUCGUAAAAAGCGGAGCAACAGAUAAAGAUGCGGUGUCCACGCAAGACCUGAUCAAGUCGUUGGAGCGAAAAGGAGAUCAGGGCAAUAUUAUUAAGAAGCUUCGGUACAUCCAGCAAAAGAACAAAGUUCUUCCUAAGCCAUUGGAGAAACCAGCAGCUGAGAGGAUAAAAAGGACAGUCGGUUAUGACAAGGUUAAGGAAGACUUGAGAAAAUGGGACAGUAUAGUAGCUAGGAACAGGACAGCGGAACAACUGUCCUUUCCAUUAAAACGUCUAACAGCAGUAAAGAAUUCUCGAGCUUCAAAGAUUCCUGCAUUUCUGAGUGGUUUUAGUACAAAAUCCGAUUUGAUGAAGAAGUUUGAAGAAGUAGAUCCAACAUUGCUGUAUCCAGCUGAAAAGGAAGAGGAGAAGGGUAAUAAAUACAAAAUGACACUGGAAGAGGUGAUCUUGAGGAGGAAGGAAGCUGCCAGGCUCAGAGCUCAACAGUCAUACAAAGAGGCGAAGGCACAUCGUCAGCGUAAAAUAAAGAGCAAGAAGUUCCAUCGGAUCCAGCGGAAGGAUAAGAUUAAGCAGCAGUUAAAGGAUUUCGAAAAGUUGAAGGAUAGUAAUCCACAGGAGGCCCUGGCGAAGUUGGAACAAUUAGACAAAACUCGGGCUGAAGAGAGAAUGUCGUUGAGACAUAAAAACACGGGUCAAUGGGCUAGGAAUAAACAGAUCAAAGCUAAAUAUAACAAGGAAACACGACAGGUUCUUGCUGAACAAUUGGCCAUUAAUAGAGAAUUGACGCAAAAAGUUAAAAGAACGGACAGUGAUGAAGAAGAUGAAGAAGAUGAGGAAAAUGAGGAAUAUGUAGAAAAUGUGGAAGAUAAAGAAGAUGAAGAAGACGAAAUACUAUUAAAAAACAAAGAAGGUAACAUAAAGACUGAACCUGAAAUUGAUAACUUCCUUAAGCGUUGUCGGGAAUUCUAUGAUAAAAAACAACAGACGAAAAAAGAGGAAAUAGAGAGAGAUGGAAUUUCGGAAGAGGAAAAAGGGACGUCAUGUCAUGAUGAAAAGAAUGAUGAAAAUUCACAAGCAAAUAGAAGUGAUAUGAAAAGCAAGUUAUGCAGUAAUGAGAAAAGUAGUACUUUGCAAGCAAAUGUAAGUGAUACCAAAAGUAAAUUACGUAAAAAUAAGAGAAGCGGUAGUUUAGUUGCAAAUAUAAAUGAUCAAAGUAAAAAAAGUAAAUCUUGCAGCAAUGAAAAAAACAAUACUUUGCAAGUAAAUACAAGUGAUACCAAAAGUAAAUUACAUGGUAAUAAGAAAAGCGACAUUUCACACGCAAAUACAAGUAAUAUAAACAGCAAAUCCUGCAGCAAUGAAAAAAGCAGUAAUUUAUUAGCAAAUACAAAUGAUGUAAAAGAUAAAACUCGUAAAAGGAAAAAGAAUAAAGAAAGUCCGAUAUCCGAUUCUGUAGAUGCUACGAGCAAACACAAUAAUAAAAAAUUUAAAUCACAAGACGUAAAUGAUUCCGAGGGAUCAAAAAAGAAAAAGUCAAAGCUGAAUCUAAAGAAGCAAGAAGUCAAGAAGAAAUGCAAGGCAAACAAGAAAAUGGAAAAGCAGAAGGAGGAUGAAGAGGAGAAUGAAGAUUAUUCGCCAAACCUCGAAUUUGAAAACCCCAAACGGAAACCUAUUUUGGAUUCUCCAUUAGAGGAAACGACUUCCAGGGAAAAUGCACAGAAAAAUAGCAAUCUGACGAGUUUGAAGACAAUAGCAAAUAAUACAACACAGGAACCAGCUGGCAUUAGCCACGAAGCGGAGAUAGACCCGAAAAAAUACGUAAACAUAAAGCCUAAAUACUUAAAGACGCAGCUGCCAGAUUUAACUACAGGCGGGGAUGAAGAUAGCGAACAGGAAGAGGAGACUCACAAAAUAAUGAGCGAGGCAUUUGCGGACGAUGACGUUGUCGAAGAAUUUAGGAAGGAGCAGGAAGAGGAGAUGAAAAAGUCGCAGCCGCAAGAUAUUGAUCUGAGUCUACCUGGAUGGGGAAAUUGGGGAGGACCGAACGUUAAGAAGAAUAAACAGGCUCGUAAGAAAAGCCGAUUUAUUCUGACUGUUCCCAAGGUAGUGUCACGUAAGCCCGAAAACCAGGGGAAAGUCAUAGUAUUCGAGCACGAAAAUGAAAAAUUGAAGAAACACCUUGUCAAGGAGCUACCCUAUCCGUUUACUAGGGUCAAGGACUUUGAAGCGAGCAUCAGAGCUCCCAUCAGCAGGACUUUCGUCCCGAUGAACGCUCAUUUGCGGCUCAUUCAACCGACAGUGAAGACCAAGCUCGGACAAGUGAUCGAGCCAAUGGACGAGAAUGAGUUGGUGAAGAAGCAACCAAUGGUGAAAAAACCCCUAAAGCGUAUUAUUGCAAAAGCUGAUAAGAAAAAAAAUAUUCUAAAAAGCAAAAACAAAAAGGGAGGUAAACAGAAUGUACAAAGUGUAUGAUAAAAUAAAUUCUAUUAUUCUAUAAUCGCUA